AUGUCAAAAAAGUCUAGUCCUAGUGGUUCAGAGAUAGAAGAGAAGAGAGUUACUUCCAUUUUCCGUGAAGAUGAUUUCUGUGUUCAAGAGGUUAGAAAGGAAGAUAAACUCAAAUCUGCUACAGCUGAGAUGGGUGAGGUGAAAGAAGAAAAUGAGAGAUUGAAGAUGAUGCUAGAGAGAGCAGAAAAGGACUACCACUCCCUUCAACUCCGUUUCUUUAACAUCCAUAACAAAGAAGUUCCUAAGAAAGGUGUAGCUGAUUCAGCUACUUCCCAUGAUGAAACUGAAGAAACUGAGCUUGUGACACUUUGCCUUGGAAGAAGUCCAACUGAGUCUAAGAAGGAAUCAAGAAUUGGAAACUCUAACAAACCUAAAGAUAAAGAAGAUCUUGAAGCAAACCUUACUCUUGGAUUAGACUCCAAAUAUCUGUUGUCAAUGGAACUGGUGUCUGAUUUGAGUCCUAUGAACAGCUCAGAAGAAACAAAAGAAGCAGAAGCAGAGGGAACAUUGUCAACAAAUAAAUCAGUAAAAGUGAAGAAUGUAAAUGAUGAAAUGUCAGAUCAGAUGCCUGCCAAGAGAGCCAGGGUAUCUGUCAGAGCUAGAUGUGAUACUCCCACGAUGAAUGAUGGAUGCCAGUGGAGGAAAUAUGGACAGAAGAUAUCAAAAGGAAAUCCAUGUCCACGAGCAUACUAUCGUUGCACAGUUGCACCAGCAUGUCCAGUAAGGAAACAGGUGCAAAGAUGUGCUGAGGACUUGUCCAUCUUAAUCACCACAUAUGAAGGAACUCACAACCACCCACUUCCAGUUUCAGCCACAGCCAUGGCAUCCACCACUUCAGCUGCUGCUUCCAUGCUCUUGUCAGGUUCUUCAACAUCUCAACCCACAGGUCACAAUUCUACAUCUUUUGGAAAUUCUCCUUCAGUACUCAAUGGUCUUAGAUUCAGUCAGCAGUUUGAUGAAUCAAGAGCAAAACAUGUUUUCUUACCAAACCAUGCCUCACAUUUGUUCCCAACAAUCACACUAGACCUGGCUUCCCAACAAUUACCUUCAAGCAUUGCUUCAAACCCAAGAUUUUCUCCAAAUUGCCUCAGCUUUUAUUCCCCUGAGCCUAACUUCAUACCAUCAUCCAUUUGGGGCAAGGGAAUCCCUAAUAAUGGCACAAUGCCUAUUGACAAAACCCAAAUAAGGCCAGUUUUAAUGGGAAACCAUUUACAAGAACAUUUCUAUCAACAAUGCAUGGCAAACCAAACUCCUUCAAGGGAUGCAUUGGCAGAAACAAUAACCAAAGCAAUCAGCACAGACCCAAAUCUUCGCUCUGCAAUAGCUGCAGCAGUAUCAUCAGUGGUGGGACAAGGAUCAAACCAAGGAGGAGGAGAGAUUCUAGGUCCAGGGUUGAACUUGAAACAUGGGGAACAUCCUCAAAUGGCUUCAUCCAAUCCUUUGAACCAGAAUGGAAAAGGAUGCUUAACAGGCUACAUUAAAAGAUUGUCCUCUACAAGUUCUCAAGCUGGAAACUUCAUGCUUCUCCAACCCCAAUUGCCAUUUUCUCUCUCCAUGAGUAGCACAAGCACACCUCCUUCCAUUGUUAAUCAGAUCAAUCAUUCAGUUCCAGAAAUGAACACACAUCAUUAG